AUGGGACGCCGCCCCGCGCGCUGCUACCGCCAGAUCAAGAACAAGCCCUACCCGAAGUCGCGCUACUGCCGCGGCGUACCCGACCCCAAGAUCCGGAUCUACGAUGUGGGGGCGAAGAAGAAGGGCGUGGACGAGUUCUCGUUUUGCGUCCAUCUGGUGAGCUGGGAGAAGGAGAAUGUGUCGAGCGAGGCGCUCGAGGCCGCGCGCAUCGCCUGCAACAAGUACAUGGCCAAGUACGCUGGAAAGGACGCCUUUCAUCUGCGCGUUCGAGUUCAUCCUUACCACGUCCUGCGAAUCAACAAGAUGCUCUCGUGCGCUGGAGCUGACAGGCUCCAAACUGGAAUGCGAGGAGCAUUUGGAAAGCCACAAGGGACUUGCGCACGAGUAGCUAUCGGCCAAGUUCUUCUCUCCGUUCGCUGCAAGGAUCACAACAAUGCCCACGCUCAAGAGGCUCUCCGCCGAGCAAAGUUUAAGUUCCCGGGUCGCCAGAAGAUCAUCGUCAGCCGAAAAUGGGGCUUCACCAAGUUCAACCGGGAUGAUUAUCUUCGCUGGAAGCAAGAGAGACGAAUCAUCCCUGACGGUGUGAAUGCAAAACUGUUGGGAACUCGCGGGCCCCUUUGCAAGCGCGCACCGGGACAAGCGUUUCUCGAGGAGCCAAGCAAAGCAUAAGAGACGCCUAAACAAAGAAAUAGAAAUAGGGAAUCCAAAAAAGGGCCAGUGU